GCAAUGGAAGGUGACAUUUGUCGGGUGUGCCGCUGCGAGGCACAAUCCGACCGGCCCCUGUUCCAUCCGUGCAUCUGUACCGGCAGCAUCAAGUGGAUCCAUCAGGACUGCCUGAUGCAGUGGAUGCGCUACUCACGCAAAGAGUACUGCGAGCUGUGCGGGCACCGUUUUUCCUUCACGCCCAUCUAUUCGCCCGACAUGCCACGCGUCCUGCCACUGAAGUACGUCGCCAAGGGACUGCUCAGUUCGGUCGGGACGGCCGUCAAGUAUUGGAUACACUACACGCUCGUCGCACUUGCCUGGCUUGGUAUCGUGCCACUGACGGCGUACCGUACGUAUCGGUUUCUGUUUUCCGGCUCGAUCGAAAUGGUCCUGACGCUACCGAUCGAUAUGUUUUCGACGGAGAACAUUACCAUCGAUGUGUUUAGGGGAUGUUUUGUCGUUACCUGCACACUGUUUACCUUUAUCGGGUUGGUGUGGUUGCGGGAACAAAUCAUUCACGGUGGUGGUCCUGAUUGGCUCGAGCGUGAUGAUCCGCAGGUGCCCGAAGCAGCCGCCAAUGGAAAUGGGCCAGCGAAUGUGCGUCAACCCGAAGCCGAAGUUAAUGAUGAUGAUGCGGCCAAUAAUAAUAACAACAACAACAAUGAUGAUAACAACAACGAGGAAGAGCAUAACAACAACAAUAAUAAUAAUUUUCUCGAUAACAAUCUGCUCAACAAUCGUAACGCAGCGGAUGAGCCGCUCCUGCACGGACAGCCCGCACCCCCCGUACCGGAGGCGGAACCGUUGCGCCGUCCGGCCCAUCAGCGGAUAAACUUUGGCGAACCGCCCGCAGACAAUGUGCCAAUAGAUCCGGCAGAACCACCACCACCGCCGCCGGUGGCGGACGAACCGCCUGAAGCCGUCAUAAACGAACCGGAAGCGGAAGCUGCCGCCGAUGAAGCGAACUGGAACCCGAUGGAAUGGGAGCGGGCAGCGGAAGAGCUAACGUGGGAACGAUUGCUCGGGCUGGACGGUUCGAUGGUAUUUCUGGAGCAUGUUUUCUGGGUCGUAUCGCUAAAUACCGCCUUCAUCGUGCUGUUUGCAUUCUGUCCUUACUCGAUCGGUAAUUCGCUCAUUUCGUUCCUUGGCCUUAGUGCACCCGGCAAGCAGCUAACGUACUUCCAUGGAUUGCUAACGACCAUGCUCGGGUACUGUGUGAUUGGUAUAACGCUAGUAAAAUUGCAUGCCAUCGCACGGUUUCUACGCUGGCGCAGGCAACGGCGCAUUCUCGGCCUGUGCUACAUCGUGGUAAAGGUUUCGCUACUGUCCGUGGUGGAAAUCGGUGUCCUGCCGCUCGUUUGUGGCUGGUGGCUUGAUAUCUGCUCGCUGCCAAUGUUUGACGCUACGCUGAAGGAUCGUAAAGCGAGCUUUAAGGUGGCGCCCGGAACGUCCCUAUUCAUUCACUGGAUGUUUGGCAUGGUGUACGUGUACUACUUUGCCUCGUUUAUUGUGCUGCUGCGUGAAGUCCUACGGCCGGGUGUGCUGUGGUUUUUGCGCAAUCUCAACGAUCCCGAUUUUAGCCCCAUCCAGGAAAUGAUUCAUCUUUCGAUUUUGCGCCACAUGCGACGUCUGAUAUCGUCCGCAACGAUUUUCGGUUCGGCCGUGCUGCUAAUGCUUUGGGCACCGAUACAAAUCCUCAAAACUUUCUGGCCAACAUUCCUACCUUACACGCUGUCGGGUGAUUCGGAAGUAAAUGAGCUUAGUUUGCAGUUGCUGUUGUUACAGUUUGUGCUGCCCAGCUUCUUCGAACAAUCGCACACCCGUAUCUGGCUGAAGGGUUUGGUGCGCAUCUGGUGCAACGUAGUGGCCCGUAUGCUCGGCAUCAAGAGCUAUCUGCUCGGGGCGGACCCGCAGCCGAACGAGGACGAUGCGGUACCACCAAGACAGCAGCCCGAUGCAGGCGCCGGACUAGCUGCCGCCCAUCAAGCGAUCAUGCAGCGAGACGUACCGGUCGGUUUUCAACCUUACGAAAGACCUCAGUUCUUUGCGAUACGGCUAAUAGGACUGUUGGUGCUAAUGUGCAUCAGUCUAGCGAUUGGAUCGCUUGCCGUGCUAACGGUUCCAGUAUGGAUUGGGCGGUACGGAAUGGCACUCGGUUCGAUUGGGUCAUCAAACAUUGCACCACCGCCGAGCGCGGUUAGCAGCACGGAAACACCUGCCCGUCCGCACGAACUCUACACCGCAGCUAUUGGAAUGUAUCUUUGCUGGCUAAUCUCACGUGGCAUUGCCCUGGCGGUAAACCUAUUGCCCCAGGGAAGGGCUGCCGUUAUUGCACGCAUCAAGCACUGGAUGUCGAUCGCAACUUCGUACGCGAUGGCCAUGAUCGUGUUUGUGCUAAUGCUCGGUGUUAUACCGCUCAUGUUCGGACUGUUGCUCGAGCUGGUCGUGGUAAUACCGUUGCGUGUGCCGCCGGAUCAAACACCCGUCCUGUUCCUUUGGCAGGAUUGGGCACUGGGUGUCCUUUACACCAAGAUUGCCUGUGCCCUCACGCUGAUGGGUCCGGACUGGGCGCUUAAGCGUGCGAUCGAACAAGCGUACCGGGACGGGUUGCGUGACAUGAAUCUUAACUUUAUCGUACGUGAACUCGGCAUACCGGUCAUCACGUGUUUCGGGCUAGCGUUGGCCGUCCCUUACGUGAUCGCACACUCGAUCCUGCCGCUGUUCUUUGCCAAUCCGCUCACGCGAACCUUCUUAGCGCGCCAGAUCUAUCCCUUCUUCCUGCUGAUCGCGUUCGUGAUCGGCAUCCUGGUGCUGCAGGUGCGUCAGUUUAAGAAGCUGUACGUGGCGAUCAAAAAUGACAAGUAUCUUGUCGGACAGCGGCUAGUGAACUAUGACCAUCAGCGCAAAAAGCGACGCCCAUCGGUUGUAGCGGGUGAGGAAGAACCGUCGUCUGGUGCGGCGACGGCGGAUCGACCUCGGGAUGAUGCGGCGGCAACCUCAUCGGCUGAACAAACCAACCAUGAUGGGUCGAUGACAACAGCAACAACGUCAACGGUUACCGAUGAUCCCAGCAGCAGCAGCAGCAGCAGCGAUCGCAUACGUGUUGCAAUGGAAGCGCUACAGUAA